UUAUCUUAUCGCCGAUAAGCUAAAAUGUACAGGGGGAUCAAGUAGGUUAUAAUAUUAUCAAUAAUAUCUCAUGCCACCAUGAAUUCUCUUCCAAGCAAUUCCUUCUUAUCCUUCUCUAUAUGCACGGGUUAGUAUCACAAUCUACAUUCAAGUGUGCCCGCUGUCUGCGAGCUACGAGGCAGCGAAAUGCUGUGCCAAAGUUGUAUAAGAAUAUCUAUCGGCAAUUCUCACAAAGGUUGCCACUUCAAAAGGAAGAUGCUAGCAAUGUAACAAUAGACUCGGAGGAUCAUGCUUCAAUCGAAGCUCAGAUCUUGAGAGAAAAAUCGGAGAAUGGCUCGAAAAAUAAGACUGUCGAAAAAGAGCAAGGGGCGAUGUCAAGACGUCUUGCAGAAGCUACUGAAGAUGCUCUCUUGGAAGGUGGUCGAGCUGGACGAAAAGCCGUGGAAGAGGCAGGCUUUUCGGAAGAAUUGAAGGCAAGAUUACUUGAAAGAGUAGAAGCUUCGAAGUUCUGGGCUGAAAAUGCUUCUGCGUUCACGGAAGCAAGUCUUGCGUCCAACAUUGGUCGUGGGUCUCGGGAUGUCGCUACAGCACAGGCAUGGACCGGGCAGGAAGCAGCUGAAGAUACGGUUCUUCGAAUGCUGAAUGAUGCUAGGAAGCCUCUUAAUCAUGCUUUACGAGGUCCCGGAAAGAUUCCUUCUCCAGUUGUGGAUUUGAGGUUGAAGGGGCGGGCUAAGCAGAGACCUGGUCAAAGGUUGGCUAAUGCGAGGGAUAAAACUUCAAUUUAUGCUAUUUCUAAAGAUGGCCAAAUGAGUGACCAGGAAAGAGAGGAGAUGAGAAAAGAGUUCAAAGAAAGAUUUACCCCCGGCGCAAGGGCUAUGCCAAAUUCAAUUAGAGGCUUGGCUGCUUUGGCUAAUGAGAGAAUUGAAGAUGCUAUUGCCCGUGGUCAGUUUAAGGUGAGUCUAAGUUUCGCCAUCUUUGCUUGGAUGACGUUGUACUAAUCACCUCUUUGCAGAAUAUUCCCAGAGGAAAGGCAAUCGAACGAGAUGCGAGAGCCGACAAUCCAUUUCUGGACACCACCGAAUAUAUUAUGAAUAAGAUGAUACAGCGACAAAAUAUUGUGCCACCAUGGAUAGAGAAACAACAAGAACUUGUCAAAACCGCAAAUGUUUUCCGAAGUCGACUACGGAAUGACUGGAAACGACAUGCUGCAAGAACAAUUGCAAGUCGAGGUGGUACAUUGCAGGAGCAAAUGAGAACAGCAGAAAUAUAUGCACGAUCUGAAGCUUUUCACAAUCCGAAGAAGCGAGCCGUAGAGCAGAUCUCUGUUCCUACGAAUGCGACCAAUGAUCCAGUGAUGGUGAAAAUUGUUCAAGAAGUGUCAACCUCCUCGUCCAAUGGAGAACCCAUCGUUCAGGUCUUGGCAGAAGCAGAAGGGGUUGAAAUAGACGUCGCUAAAGUUACUUCUCCCGAGUCCGAGAAAUGUUCACCUCCAGACCAACCAUCCACCGCACUCCCGCCUCCCUUCCGAAUACCAUCCUGGGAAGAAGCCGAACAAUCAUAUCUCAACCUCGCCAUCGCAGACUUAAACAGCAAAACGCGAUCUUACAAUCUCAUGGCUCCAGAUCUAGCCAAGAAGCCUUAUUUUUCAUUAGAGCGCGAACUCAAAUCAUGUUAUGCGGACGUUGCGCCGCAGCUCGCUGAAGCCAUUAAAGAAAGAGCGACGAGACCGGCGCGCGAACUCGUUGAGAAGAUUGGUCAUCGUCCCGGUGGGAUUAUGGAGAAGUUUGGCUCGAGUAAUGUUACGGUUUAUGACUCUAAGAGGCCCUUGUAUGGGUUUAGGGAAUUUUGGAAUGAUCUUUUUGGGGAAAAGAGGGUUUGAGGUGUGUGGUGUGUGGUGUGUGAGUGUGAGGUUUGUGGUUUCCAUUUUUAUGGUUAACGGUUUGUUUAUUGGUGAUUACUUCUGAGUUGAGAGAUACAAGGUUUGGAAGAUGUCAUGUGUGUCAAUGGGAGGAAGGAAAGGGGAGGAAGGAAAGAAGAGGGGAUGAUUCUGAAUAAUCAUGUGCAUAGUAUGGAAUACUCGCGGGUUUCACACGGCCUUCCUUAUUUGUAAGAUUAUCUUCACACAGGAUCAGAUAUCCAUAUAAGGUACCUUGCAACACUAUUAUCAUUAUCCAGAUAGAAAACAGAAAUAAGAUCUUACAAUAUCGC